UCGUCAUCCUGUCUCUCCCUUCCCCCCGCCAGCCCCAUCUGCGCCAUCUUCUGACCUUUGGCUCCUGCAAAAGCCAGCGACCACCAAAUCCUCUGAAUUCGAAUCAAAAGUAAACUAAAAGAUAAUUAAAAAUAUAUCAACCAGCCGAAGAAUUAAAGAAUUAUAUAGAACGAGAUCGAAGAAAUAGAGCGAUCCACCGCUAUUUCUCGAAUGUCUUCAGAGGCAGUUCUCCGGCGAAUGGCGGCCUCCCUCUCUCCUUCCUCCUGGGCCGUGAGGCAGGGGAACUCUUUCCUGUGCCCAUCCAAUCCCUCAUCUUUAAAACGGAUCCCCCGCUGCCCUCCUUCGAUCGGCACUUUCCGUAGAUCGCUUGUGGUCGCGGCGUCUUCGACUUUUGCCAAUCAGAAUCGCGAGUUUGUGAUAGUUGGAGGAGGGAAUGCGGCGGGCUAUGCGGCUCGGACUUUCGUCGAACAUGGGAUGGCCGAUGGUCGGCUCUGCAUAGUUUCCAAAGAGGCCGUUGCACCAUAUGAACGCCCAGCAUUGACAAAAGGUUACUUAUUUCCUCCAGAUAAGAAGCCAGCACGCCUACCUGGUUUUCAUACUUGCGUUGGUUCUGGUGGCGAAAGACAAACCCCUGAGUGGUACAAGGAGCAUGGCAUAGAGGUGCUAUAUCAAGAUCCAGCGGUGGACUUUGAUGUCAAGAAACAAACUUUGACCACAUCAUCGGGGAAACUUUUGAAGUAUGGAUCCCUUAUAAUUUCCACAGGUUGUGCAGCAGUAAGAUUUCCAGAGAAGAUUGGAGGAGGUUUACCAGGAGUUCAUUAUAUACGUGAUGUUGCUGAUGCUGAUAGUCUAGUGUCUUCCCUGGAAAGAGCCAACAAGGUUGCCAUUAUUGGUGGUGGUUAUAUCGGCAUGGAAGUAGCUGCUGCAGCUGCUGGAUGGAACCUUGAUACAACUCUGAUAUUUCCUGAGGAGCAUAUAAUGCCAAGAUUAUUUACACCUUCUCUUGCUCGGAGAUAUGAAGAGCUUUAUCAGAAAAAGGGUAUCCAGUUUGCAAAGGGAGUUCUUAUUGACAAAAUAGAAGCUGGUCCUGAUGGAAGAGUGGCUACUGUUGUUCUUAAAAAUGGAUCCAUCAUAGAAGCAGACACGGUCAUUGUCGGGAUUGGUGCGAAGCCAGUUGUCAGCCCCUUUGAGGUUGUGGGGCUGAACACAGAUGUUGGUGGAAUACAGGUUGACAGCCUUUUCCGAACAAGUGUACCUGGUGUUUUUGCUGUUGGAGACGUGGCAGCAUUUCCUUUGAAGAUGUACAACCGUAUGGCACGAAUGGAACAUGUUGAUCAUGCUCGAAAAUCAGCACAACAUUGUGUUAAGACACUUCUAACUGCCCAUACUCAACCAUAUGACUAUCUGCCAUACUUCUAUUCAAGGGUUUUUGAGUAUGAGGGAAGUGCAAGGAAAGUUUGGUGGCAAUUUUAUGGAGAUAACGUUGGUGAUACAAUUGAAGUUGGAAAUUUUGCUCCAAAGAUUGCCAAUUUCUGGCUCGAUUCUGAUAGCAGAUUGAAAGGAAUAUUUCUUGAGAGCGGAAGCCCUGAGGAAUUUGCACUCCUUCCUCAACUUGCUAAAUCUCAGCCGGUUAUUGAUAAAGCCAAGCUUAGAAGCACAUCUUCUGUGGAGGAUGCUCUAGAGAUUGCUAGGAGCUCCCUCCAGGCACCGAGUAGCUCGGAUGAGGUUAUGGGUUGAGAGCUGAAAGAGUAUGGUUUAGCUAGUUGUCCCUCAAUAAGUGAUCUGUAUCAAAAAAUUAUUUUAUAAUUUUGGAGGAAAAGUUUUUAUUUAACUAAAAUUUUCUAAAUACCAUAUCAUUCAUUAUAUCUAUUUAUAAAUUGAGUAA